ACAAACCUCUGGUCCAUCAACGAACAACAAACAGCGACUCACAGAGAAGAUACAAUGGACAACAUAAUCUUUGCAGAGCGGGAGAAUGCAGGUGUCCAUGUGCCCUCACUUAAGAUGCGACAGCGACUUCAGUCUGCUCCAGAAAAACUCCUGAAACCUUCUAUUGCCAAAACCUUCAACACGCCUCUGCCAUCUGGUCGAAAAGCCUUCGGUGCUGUCAACAAGAAGAUGUCUACCCCUGCCGUCAACACCCAAGAGAAGCAACUACUGAAGCCUCAGGAAACUCAAGUCAAGCAAGCUCCUGGUACCGAAUUGGAGGAAUAUCCAGAUAUUGAGAACUUCUUCUCUUAUGACCCACUAGACUUUGAGAAUAACAUCAUACCUGAAGAUAUGGUUCCCCUCAGUGGCCUCGCUCUGCCUGGCCUAGCAUUUUUCCCACGAUGUCUGCAUGGGAGGAGGGACUCCCUGAAACAUGUGGACCCUCUCCCAGACAUGUCACCCGAGAAGAAGUCAAAACGCUCAGGUGACUGCCAGGCUCUGAAAGCCUUUCUUCAAACACUGGAAGAGCUGUCCGUUGAACUUCCUCCAGAGGCUGUUACUGACUAACUGUUCA